GUUAACAUCAGUGCUAAAAAAAAUGUGCUGCAAACCCGUAAAUCACAUAAGCAUUGUGAAAGCGGACUUAGCAGCAAGAUGUCUGAAACUGUUGAAUGUAGCAUCUAUAUCCGCAUAUAUCUAUGGUCCGAGUUGGUGGAAUUGAGUGCAAUUGAGGACUAAUUUGCAUAUUCAUGGCAUAUAAUUCAGAAAUGAGUGGUUGUUCAGAAGAGCCAGUGGCCAUCGUCUACGCAAACAUUAAUGACUUGAGAUUAAUUUGUGCAACAACUGGUAGCCUGUAGAAUGAAAUUAGAAGAGUUGUGGCAUCCGCUCUAUGGGGCUCUUGGAAAAUUAUUUGAGCUGCUGCAUUACACUACAGCAAAAGGUUACCUCUCAGCUAGGUUGAAUUUGUGCUCUUCUCUCAUCCAAUCUGAGUUGUCUUUCAUGUAGCCAGAGAUUCAUGCUUCUGAAGUGGGAUCAUUUGGCUGGAAAGAAAAUCUGGGUGUUGUCAUUAUAUUAGUGAUUUAAGAAACCAAGUGCAUAUGUGAUAUGUUGAGAAUAGGAGUGGCCCAAGCACAGACACUUGGGGAACCCCAGAGAACAUGAAGUUUUUUGAUGUGAACAGCUCUCCAUAAUACCCUUAAGUAUCUACCUCUGAGGAUCACAGGACCAUAGAAGUGGAGUUCCUGUGAUCCACAGCGAUUAGAGGGAUGAUAGGAGGAUCUGAUGAUUGACUGUGUCAGAUGUUACAGAGAGAUCCAUCAGAAUAAGAAAAGAUUAUUUAAACUCUACCUUUGCAAGCCUCAGUGCUUCAGAGACUGAUACCAGCACAUUCUCUGUAGAGUGGUUGAGAAUAACAGUUUAACAUCCAUGUACAACUGAAGUAGUUUCGAACAAAACUUAAAAAUCAGAUUACUUAGUUUAUUGCUAAACUGUUUUCCAAACCCUUUCUGUUUAAACAAUUUACCCUUCCUAAUUUAGUGUUUGUGAUUUCUCUGUAACUGUACCAGUGAAGAUGGAUAUUCUGGAACCUUCUAGAGAUCCAGAGGGGGGAGGCAGUGAUGCCUUAACAGGGGAGAGACAGUCUAGGUUAAAGUCUUUAAAGUCACGGCUGUUUGGGAAGAUAAGGAGGAAAGAUGGUGAUGGUGGUGUGAAGAGUCAGUCUGAAAGUGACAUCAUGUUGGGUGUUGAAGACUCAGAGCAUGACUUCUGCUCCCAAAGCAUGCUGGGAUCCCGGACAUUAUCACAUGACAGUGUUUUCCUGGCAGAAAAUACCCAUUCGGACCCUGAGCCACAAAGAGGACUGUCUCAUGAGAACAUUCAUGGAAAUAUUCAAGCUCUCCAGAUGAAACUACAGCAGCAGAAGAUGCAUUUAGGUCCGCCCCCCUUGCUGUUGUCAAGUAAACGUCAUACAGACUUGGGUGGAAGUGCAGAGGAUGAUGACCUUCCCCGCCUAUCCAGGAGCAUAUCAAACAAGCCCCAUGUGUCCUUCCAGCCACUUUUCCCUCAGCCCAUAAGCACAGCAUUUUUACCCAUUUCCCCAAGUAAUUCAAGCUCAGGGGUGGACUUCAGCACUCCUCCCCAGUUUACUUCCCUCCUGGACAACUCUGCUGCACGUCAUCGCAUGUCCAUUAAACCUAAGAACCAACGGGCAGGUGGCAAGAACAAGAGAACGGUCACUUCAGCUGAAAGCAGACCACGAUCUGAAAGUUUAAACAACUUGGAACGUUCAUUGACUAAGAGGGAGGAAAAGCCAGUUGCAAAAGAGAUGGCCUGUGUUCGCUCGUACUCCUCUAAGGUGUUACGUCUAGGAGAGAGGCAAACUGCUUUACAAAGCAAGAGCACCCCUCCAGUUUUAUCGUUCCUAUCUCUGAAGGAUAAUGAAGAAACUAGUCAAGUUUCUGGUGAAAAAGAGCAUAAGAACCUACUGUUUACAUCUUCUCAAAACUCUUGCCUAAAGAAGCUGACUCCAGCUGAGGUGCCAGUGUCCACCAUAAGGCAAGAGGUUGCAAAAGAAACUAAAAGUCUUACAAGAUCAGAUGAAUCCCAAGUAGCCAAACCUCAAAGCCCAGUGGUGUCAAUCAACAGAACAAUAAAACAAGAUUUGAAUGACUCCAAACUGCUCAAGAACAGCCAAAGCAACCCUGUGUCAACUUUGAGAGCACAUGUAGAUACCAUACAAGAACCGAGUAUUAUGCAAGAUGAGAAGUCUGUUCAGACUGUGGUAAAUGUAGAAAUUCAACAUUCCUCUCCUCAAGCUCCAGUCAAUGUGAUUACUAGAGUGAAUUUAAGACCGUCAUCCUUAAGGAGAAAUGCAUACUCUGCAGACGAAAAAUGUGAGUCAAAGAUCCUUCAGUCAGUCACGACUGUGUUGCCUAGUGCUCAGGAACAACACUCUCAGACUGAGUCCAUGAAGCGGCCGAGAUCAAUAUCCGCAACACUCCAACUCACGCCAUCUUCAGACAAGAUUCAAGAGCUUCCAAGGACUGCAAGCUUUACUGGAGUAGUUGAACAAGGUGGACUGAAAAAAGAUCCUACGUAUCCUUCUAAACCUUCUCUUACCUUCAAGACACAGGGACAACUUAGUUCACAAUCUGAGAAAACAAAAAAAGAUCCACAUUGUAGCAUGCCACCACAGUCACAAAAGGAAGAGAAAGCACAAGUGAUACCACCAAAGUUCAUAGAUCUAGCAACAUACAGCUCUCAAACCCAGGAUGUGGAGGAGAGUAAGGACAAUGGGAUGCAGGAGCUUGGAGUAGAGGCUACAGAGGAAGAGGUACAGGAGGGAGUGGAGGAGGCAGAAGAAGCAGGAGAGGAUGUGACGAAUGUUAGGGAAGCAAAUGAGAGAGAAGCUACAAAUUCAUUUGGUGUAAAGCUGCGUUCCAGCUCUCUUUCGCUAAAGUUUCGCCUGGACAAGACACAAUCAGAAAUCAAGGUAAAACAACACAGUGCUGAGGUCUCCACACUGUCUCCACCUCUGGCCUUACGAUCUGAUUCAACUAGUCAAGUGGAACCUAAGGACCAUCGUUCCAGCAUGGGCUCUAAACUCAAAAACCCUUUACUCGAAGCCAAUGAGUCCUCCAACCCCAGUUGCACACCCAAGAGUGUCUCUAAAGAUAAGGAGACGAUUGGCUUCCCUAGACAGGCCGAACCUACUCAGCCCUCAUUGUUACCCAGCAAAGCCACUAAGAUUGCACCUUUAGUUCCCAAAGAAGGUACAGACUUGCUUCCAAAAGAGCCUAUUGCAGUCACCUCUCAGGAAAAUGCACCAACAUCUACAGCCUCUGAGAUGUCCUGGAUGGAGAUGGCUAGAGAGAAGACCAGAAGUCUACAACAGCUUUUUACCAGCAGACUGCCAGAUUUUCCAAGCUUUCAAACAACCACACGACCAACAACCUUAAAUACAACACAGCCACUACCCCAAACAUCCACUUCACAAGCCAGUGCUAGAGCCACCCAAAACAUUACAAACCAACAGACAGCAACAAACCUUUCUUUGAGGCCUACGGAGAUGCCUACAAGACAUCUGCCAUCUGUGAAGUCCUCUGGAAGAUCCACACAGCCUGUGCAAACCCAUAUAAGCACAACGACCCAACCUUUGGCAUUACCAACCUGUACAAUUCAGACAACCACAAGUCAAUCACAAGUUGACUGUAUCAAAGAACUCCAGUUUCAAUCCAAACCCCAAAUUUGUAGUUCAACAACAAAAACAACUCAGUCUACAGUUACCUGCACAUCAACCAUACAGUCCACCACUCACACUACUCAUACAGCAAAACAGCUAUCAUCACAACCAAAGUCACCACCCAUCCAACAGUCAUUACCACCUCAUGCAGGACCUCUCCAAACAUCCCAGACCUCCACACAAUCUUUACUGCGUCCCACACCUUCUCCAGCUUCCCCAUAUUUAUCAUCAAGUUCCAAGAAAACAUCUCACCUGAUGUCCCAACAGUCUGUUAAAACUGUCUUAAAGGAUCAUCCUCAGAAUGAGGGGUUUGAGUGUGAGACGCCACCCAUCCAACAGUCAUUACCACUGCACGCAGGACCCCUCCAAACAUCCCAGACCUCCACACAAUCUUCACUACAUCCCAAACUAUCUCCAGCUUACCAAUACCUAUCAUCAAGUCCCAAGAAAACAUCUCACCUCAUGCCCCAACAGUUUGUUAAAACUUUCUCAAAGGAUCAGCCUCAGAAUGAGGGGUUUGAGCCCAAGAUACCACCCAUCCAGCAGUCAUCACCACCACGGCAAACAGGAUCCCUCCAAACAUCCCAGACCUCCACACAAGCUUUACUACAUUCCAAACUAUCUCCAGCUUACCAAUACUUAUCAUCAAGCCCCAAGACAACAUAUCACUUGUUGCCCCAACAGUCUGAUAAAACUGUCUCAAAGGAUCAGCCUCAGAAUGAGGGGUUUGAGCCCAAGAUGCCACCCAUCCAGCAGUCAUCACCACCACUGCAAGCAGGACCCCUCCAAACACCCCAGACCUCCACACAAGCUUUACUACAUUCCAAACCUUCUCCAGCUUACCCAUACCUAUCAUCAAGCCCCCCAAAAACAUCUCAGAUGAGAUCCCAACAGUCUACAAAUACUGUUCCAAAGGAUCAGCCACAGAAUGAGGGGUUUGAGCCCUCUAUUACAUCAGGGAAAGCUGACAGGGUAUCUACGCCUCAGGGGAAGGGCAAUAGGCUGGAGGAUAUCAAACCAUUGUGGGCAACAGGAAUGGGAAACAAGACCCAGCUGGUCCAACACUUGGAGAACCAAUCAACUGCUGCAACCAAGGCAGGUGAGCAGAAAGACAUAACAGAGUCCCAAGCAACAGCUCAGUCUACAGCUCCUGUCUCAAAGGUCUCCACAACAGACACAGGCACAGAUCCAACAUCACUUUCAUGUGUCGCCAUGAGGACAGGAGACAGGGAGGAUAAAUGGCAAAAGAAAUUAGUGCCACCAUCAUCAUCACCUUCAUCAUCAUCUCCUCUCCAGUCUGUCCAAGACAGUGACCAACCAUCGUGGAUGGAGCUGGCCAAAAGGAAAUCACUGGCAUGGAGUGAUAAGACUAUGGACUAAAAUUCUGCAUAAGCUAAAUGCUUUGAGGUUUGCUUCAUGUGAACUUAAAGCAACACCAAAGAGUUUUUUUACCUUAAAAUAAAAUUUUCAAAAAAGUUUCAGUCAUUCAUCCACUCGAAACAGGGUGAACGGCACUUUCACAUUCGCUUGCAGCCCUCUAUCAGCCAAAACCGCACUAAAGAAGUUUCCAACCGUCGCGGUCCUGUAGUUCGAGUGAAAACUACAAAAACUUGCUUUACGGCAGACCUACAAUCCAAUCAGAGCCAGCUAUGCUGCAGUAUUCACGACAGUGGUGAUGGACAAUUACACUUCUAACCUGUAGGGAGAGCAAAGAGCAAAAACUCUUUAGUGUUGCUUUAAAGUUAAAGGUGCUCUAAGCGAAUCUGUGCGACAUCACUUUUUGUUGAUGUUUGAACUGUUUUCAAACAAACUGAGCGUAGCUAACUCCUCCCCCUUCCUUCCGUGCUUUCAUGAACGCGCCCAACCCCCAAAUCCUUCUUGUCGUUUAUUGGCUGGAACACUUUGUUAUCGUUUCUGGUGGUAGGUUUGGCAACUUUGUUUUUAUUGCAGUUUGUGGCUGUCUACAGAGAUCGCGUUUUUUUACAGUUUGAUCAGCGGACAGGCAGGAAGCAGAUAGUGAGGAGAUGUUUGCUGUAUGUAACAAAAAAUGUUGUAUGGUCUAAAACCCGUGAAUUCGCUUAGAGCACCUUUAAAGAAGUGAACCACUAUUAGCUGUGUAUGCUUUCAGGAAUGACUGUAAAUGUAUCAAUCUUUAAUACUGUGUGUCUCUGUAAAACCACCCUAAUGUGAGCAUCUUGUAUUCUCUUCACCUGAAGUACAAAUACAUGACAAUCAUACAUACCAACAUUUUGGCAAUGAUAUGUACAAUGUUUAUGAGGUUUAAAGCCACAUUUCCUGGUAAUUUAGGUUAAGAGCAGCUGGUAGUACUUUGCAAAUGCACACAACGUGAAUGUAAAUCAGUGGGGGAUUGGAAGGGGAGAACAAAAUUCUGGUUCUGAAUCAAAUUAAAGCACCUGAGUGCAAUCUCAGGAAUAGAAACAUACUCUCUGUUUUAUCCAAAUGCAUUCGUGCAUUUUCAUCAUUUCUCAGGUUAUGUGUGUUAUUAUGUUCAAAUAUUAACAAUUAAUUGAACUAUGAUUUCUUUCCCUUUCCAAUUGCACAUUUUUAUUUAUUCACCAUGGAUUAUAUCAUGUAUUAAUUAUUUCCUGAACCUAUUAGCAUACAUGUGAAUAAUUCUGUUAUUGUAUUGUAUUGGACAAUAAAGAAUACAUAAAUCUAUUUUUUCAUUUGCUUUUGGAAAAUGCUGCCCUAACUUGGCCAAGCUUGUAUUACCAAAUAAAUAAUAUAUAACUCGUAUGAACUUGCCAUGAUAACUAUACAGUAGCUCCUAAUAAAAUCAUGUGGUUAAAUUUAA